AUGAGACCCGACGUCCUUCUCCAGUCACUCGGCCUCGCGUCCUCGGCGCGGACUACUGCGCUGUGGACUCGCGAUGGCCACGGCAAUGGCACUGAUGCCGCCAACAUGACGAUGAAGACGGCGACGGGGACAGCUGCUGGCCGUCUUCAGGGCGGCGUCAACAGCAGCACCAACGCGUCUAUGAUCACCAUGGGCAACGCUACUGCCACCAGCGUCAACGCCAACACCAACACCAACAGCACUGCGAAGAAGAGAAGCAGUCUUGUUCAUGGUGGUGAGGGUGGCAGCAGCAGCAUCGACAGAGAGCUCUCCACCGUCGGCUACACCACCCCGGGCGGCGGCUACACCGUCGUCCCCCGCGACCUCCCCGACGGGCACUACACCAUGACGCUGCAUCCCAACGGCACCGUCCUGCGCACUCGCCGCAGCAGCGCUCGGCGCCGCUAUGGCCACCGCCUCCUUGACAGCAACAGCGGUAGCAUCGUGGACACCGACGCAAGCUCCAACAACACGCGGCCUUCUCCUCCUCAUCAGCAGCAGGAGAAGAAGGAGCAGCAGAAGACGCAUACGCUCUACCGCCGUGCCGGCACGGGCGAGUACACCUUCCUCGUCGACGACGCCAACCUCCGCCUCGAGGCCGUCUCGCUCGACACGCACCCCGUGCAGCGCCUCCCCCUGCCCCCCGGCGUGCAGUGCCACUGCGCGCACCAGCGCGACUACAGCACGCUCAGCUACCCGCUCCCGCCCGACGACUACUACGCGUCCAAGCAGGAGCUCUUCAACUGGUGCAACGCCUUCAAGUGGCAGGGCCACCACGUCGGCAUGGCCCUCGGCGGCAGCGUCGGCGUCUACGCCUGCGGCCGCAAGGUCACCCACCACACCGAGGACUUUUGCUCCGAGGCAGAGUUCCUCGCCGCCGAGCGCAUCCUCAACGCCACGUGCGGCGACGCCGCCGGCUACGUCUACAUACCCGACUGGAACAAGGAGUACGGCCGCAUGCUCCGCGGGGAGCGCAUGUGCCGCCUCUGGCAGGACGGCCCCCAGCAGCACAUCAACGCAAAGGCCGUCUUCGACGACGUCCCCGGCCGCGGCGCCCUCACCUCGGAGCCCGAGGGCGACAGGCCCAAGGUGUCCGCCGACGACCUCUACUACAAGACCGUCUUCGAGCCCCUCAAUUCCAAGUUUGGCAACGAGGGCGAGGACGAGCGCCAGGACUAUCGCGCUCACUACCACCAGUACGCCCCUGGCUGGAAGGAGGGCUGGAAGGUGCUGAAGCCGCCGCAUGAGGAGCAGUGGGAGGAGGAGGAGGAUGAGAAGAAGAAGGAGGAGGACGAAAAGUGA